AUGGGUGGACAACUGAUUCAGCACACUCCAGAUAGGGAUGGAACAGGGAGACCCAGAAAGAAGAGCGAAGCUCCACUUACUUCCCUCAAAACCUUUAAAGCGGCCAGCCUCCUUAGCAUCAAGAGGAACCACCAAACACUUACCCAGAGGAACCAUCAAACACCUCCCCAGAGGAACCACCACACAUCCCCCAAGGAACCAAGGAACCACCAAACACUGGAACAACCAAACAUCUCCCCAGAGGAACCACCAAACACAUCCCCAGAGGAACCACCAAACCUCCCCAAAGGAACCACCAAACACUUUGAAGAGGACCUACCCCUCAAAGGGACCACCAAACACUGCCCCCCUGAGGAACCACCAAGCCUCCCCCAAGGAACCACCAAACACUUCCUCAGGGAAACCACCAAACACCUCCAAGAGGAUCCACUAAACCUCCCCAGGGAACCACCAAAUACCUCUCCAGAGGAACCACCAGACACUUCUUCAGAGGAACCACCAAAACCUCUCCAGGGGAAUCACCAGACACGUCUCCAGAGGAAACACUAAAUACCUCUCCAGAGGAACCACCGGACACCUCUCCAGAGGACCCACCAAACCUCUACAAGGAACCACCAAACAAGGAACCACCAAACACCUUUCCAGAGGAGCCACCAAACACCUUUCAAGAGGAACCACCAAACACCUCUCCAGAAAAACCACCAAACACCUCCCCAGAGGAACCACCAAACCUCUCCAGAGAAACCACCAAACACCUACCCAAAGAGCCACCAAACACUCCCCCAGAGGAACAAUCAAAUAUCUCCCACACCUACAGCACACACUGCUACCUCUGGACCCAGUAUCUGCUAUUAUUUCUUGGCAUGCCCUUCCUGCCCCAUGCACAGCUUUGUCAUAUCCAAUCCAUCAUUUGAGGUUUAG